AUGGCGGUCGACGGCCUCAAGUUGGAGAAGUGGGAGGAUGCAUUCCAACAUCCCGUGGCUUCCGUCCGAGGGACGGAAAAGCAGCUACGCGUAGCAUUGCAGGAGAAGAAGGAAGGACUCCGCGCGCUCGUCGGUGAGAGUUACCGAGACUUGUUAAAGACAGCUGAAAGGAUCAUUGAAAUGAAUGAUUCAAUUCAACGGGUCGAGUUCCACCUUUCCCAGGCUUCAAAGCAGUGCAAUUACGGGACACUGCAGAAAAAGGCGGCAAAUGCUGUUACUAUGAAAGAAAAUGAGGACAACAAAGAUAGAAAGAAUCGUGUAACUGCCGCGGAGCUCGCAGUCCUUUCGAAUUGCCCUGUCGCAAUAUCUCGCACCUUGUCACGCGACAAAGCACCGUUGGUUGCCGCCAAAUUAUAUAUCCUUGCUAGGCUUUUGAGAAGAUCGGUUUCCGAGAAGAUAAAAUCGCCAUUUAUCACAUCACUGGAAAGGCAGCUAUCAAAUCUCCGAGUCACAAUUUUGCGUGAUUUAGAACAUGAGUUAUGCAGAUUAGACGCCGACUCGAGUAAGAUUUUACAAUGCCUCGGGGCGUAUUCUCUGAUAACAUCAUCAUCGGCAUCAGAUACUUUUAUGUAUUUCCAAAAUCUUCGUCUGAAUGCUGUUGUCAGCCUUCUCCGACAAGAUACGGUAUCAGCGGAGACAAUCCUUGAAGCAAUCCGACUUGUGAAUGAGAAUUUGCGAUUAUCUACGCAACUAUUCCCUCGACGACUUUCGGAUACCCUGACUACUUUGAAGAUCAAACCGAUUUUCCAAGAACCCGCUAUCCAUGAUAUCUUGGAACUCAAUAUGGCUGUUCAUGGGAAUUGGAUCAGCGAAAGUAUCCGCAAGUACACACCUUGGCUCAAGACCGACGACCUGAGUAAUGAUGGUUGCAAGGCCGAGAUAUCAAGCAAGCUUGGAACAACACUACGGGCUAUCUUUGAUGGAUUAGAAAAGGCCGUCAAAGUAGUAAAUCAAGUUGAAAGUCUAGUUCAAAUCAGGUACAACAUUCUUGCGGCGAGCCGGGGAGUUAUGGGAAGGACAUCGGAUCUUAAUAGCGAAGAUUUGAACCAAUCUCUCAACAAGAUUAGAGAAAUUGUGAAUACAAGGAUCCGAGAAGUUUUGAAUGGGGACAUUGGUGGCAUAGGUGUUCUUGGAUCCGAGUUGUCUACCCUCGUUGCUAACGGUACGACAAAGAAGAGAGAACCUGCUUCAUGGUCUAGUAUGUUAUCUUCCUUUGAAAAUGCCAAAGGUGGAAGGAAUCUCAAAGCAAUGGUGAGAGCCGUCAACCAUAGCGACAAGUCCGGCCUUCGAGCUAUCCGACUCAGGCAUGCUAAAUGGGUUUCAAAUAUCGCCAAUAACUACAUCCAUAUCAAAAAGAUGGCCGAAGAAAAGGAUUGGGACCCAGAUAACGACGAUGACGAUGACGAAAUCGACGCACCGGAAAGUUUGAAGGAGAUGAAUAAUAAAGAUACAGAAUCCUUGCUUUCUACAUAUUCCGAAGGGCUACUAGAAGGCUACCGGCUACUAGAAACGAACCUGUCAACCCUGGUAGAUGGAAUGCGACAGACGGAUGAAGAAGCAGAGUCAACCUUGCCCAUCGAAAAUUCAUGCAUAGCUCUUCGGUUUAUAACAGUUAUCCGAAAUACAUCCCUGCAAUACGCAAAUACGACUAUUAUAGAUCUAAGCUGGUUCGGCAAGGACGCCACAAGCAGACUUUACGAAUUCCUUGCCAAGGGUGUGGCGAAGAAGGCAUUGCGUGGAUUUGGAAAGGAUCUUUCGAGGCGGAAGUGGACUUCUGAUGUUUCCUUUGACAGUCUGUGGGAGGGAUCACCGAAACUUCCUGUCCAGCCGUCACCGCUGGUAUUUAAAUUCCUUCGGGCAUUAGUUCAAUCAAUGAAUGACAUUGGGGCGGACGUAUGGUCACGAGAUGCAGCUGAUACUCUCAAGAGGAACGUUGCGAAGUCCAUAUGGGAGGAACUGGAGGCGUCUUUGGUGUCGGCAGAGAAACAGACCAAUGGGGUUUCUGGUCUCAGUAUAGAUACGAAGGAAACGAAAAACGAUGAGUCAAAGGAUGAAGGCGAGGGUGUAAAGGGUGAGGAUGCAAAUGGCGAGGAUGCGAAGAGUGAGGAUGCAAAGGGCGAGGAUGCAAAGGGCGAUAAAGAAGCAGAUCCUAGCCCACCUAUAAAUCCUCUCAAGCGAGAACAAGUUCUACAGACCUACUUUGAUACAACUUAUCUGGAUAACGCAUUUCGGACAGCUAGAAGGCGCGAUGUUGGCGGAGACGAGAAGAACAAGGAGAGCACAAUAGUACUCUCGUGGGAAUUUGUCGAGCGUACUAGAGAGAAGAUUUCCAUCGAAACGGACGAACGAGAAAGAAUGUCAAGGUCUGCAGAGGACUACUGGAGGAGGACGAGCCUUAUAUUUGGUGUCUUGGAUAUAUAA